CUGCCCAAAAAGGUUUCAUGGGGACUUUAAGUUAAAUUAUGGGAAUCGAAAAAAAACAUUUUCAAAAGAAGAAUCUGAAAACUUUUUUUAAAUGUUAAUUGCUAAGCAUGUAACCAGUGCAUGGAUUGUGAAACGAAUUGAUCUUUGGCUGUUUUAACAGGUGAUACAGCGCUGCAGUUUCCACUUUUCAACACUAGAUGGGGAUGUUGCGACAAGCAUAAAUUCUAGUUGACUGUUUUGCACUAAUUUACUUUUAUAAUUCAUAAUAUAAACAUAAUUCGUUUAUAUGUAUGAGUGUAAAAAAAAGAGAGAGAGAGAUCAUAAGGUGAUCAUAAUGAAUUCCCCCCAGUCUUACCCUAUUAGAGAGUGGAAUGGGGGAAACGCAGUCUCUCGACUUCAAAAGACGCAAGCAAGCAACGGCCAAAGACGUCCGUUUUAGCGAUAUUUACACAGAAGAGCUAUGGAAGAGCAGUGGCAUGAAGAGGAGACUUUGAAGACUUUCUUUACAGACUGCAGUCCAAACAUAACUGACAUGUGGGAAUUCCCAUUGACUUGUUCCUCGGACAGUAACGGCUCAGAGGCGAGUGAGGAGACGGAGAUUUCUGUGAAUAUCGGUGGUGUCAAGCACAUUCUCUAUGGCGACGUGCUGAACCGAUAUCCCGAGACGCGUUUGGCGGAGCUGGUGAACCGAGCCACGGAUUCCACACAUGAAGAUCUCUGCGCGCUCUGUGAUGACUAUGACGAUUUAAAGCGAGAAUUUUACUUCGACAGAGACCCAGAGGCCUUCAAAAGCAUCCUAGAGCUGUAUUACUACGGAGAGAUUCAUAUGAAGCGAGGAAUCUGUCCCAUGCGCUUCAUGAAAGAGAUGGACUAUUGGGGGGUAGACGCGGAGUAUCUGGAUGAAUGCUGUAUAAGUAGUUUAAAUGAGGUGCAAACCGAGCUGGCAGAAAUAGCAGAGAAGGUCAAGACCAUCCUGGAUGACCUGGAGGACGAUGUGAGGGUCACUAGAGGUCAGAAGUGUCAAGCGUUCCUGUGGAAACUCAUGGAGAAACCAGAGUCCUCUUUAGCUGCGGGCGUAAUCGCAGUGGUGUCGUUUGUGUUGAUCCUGCUCUCCUCUGUGGUCAUGUGCGUGGGAACCAUCCCGGAGCUGCAAGUGCAAGAUGCCAAGGGUAACCUUGUGGAACACCGGGCCCUUGAGUCCAUCGAGACGGCUUGCAUCAUCUGGUUCACCCUGGAAUGCAUUCUGCGCUUCGUGUCCUCUUCGAACAAAUUGCACUUUGUGUUUUCCUUCAUGAAUAUUGUAGACUUUCUAGCCAUCAUGCCGUACUACGUGGUGUUGAUUCUGGGUGCUGCUCAGUUGGAGCUGGCCGAUGUUCAACAUGCAGUGCAGGCGUUGCGUAUUUUGCGCAUUGCACGCAUUUUCAAACUCGCGCGCCAUUCAGCAGGUUUGCAAGCUUUCGCCGUGGCGCUCAAAAGCAGCUUUAAAGAGCUGGGUCUGAUGCUCACGUAUAUGAGCGUGGGAAUUUUCUUGUUCUCUGCACUGAUGUACACAUUGGAGCAGAGCCACCCGGAGACCAUGUUCACCAGCAUCCCACAGUCCCUCUGGUGGGGUAUCAUUGCCAUGACCACUGUAGGUUAUGGAGACAUCUAUCCUAAAACAACGCUGGGCAGGUGUAACGCCGCUGCAAGUUUCCUGUGUGGAAUCGUAGCUAUCGCGUUACCAGUUCACCUGAUCAUUAACAACUUCGUCAUUGUUUACAGUAAGCAGCGUGUGCUAGAAACCACUGCAAAGCAUGAGAUUGAACUCAUGGCGUUACGCGCGAAGAAUGAAGCGCAGGAGUGUCCGGAGUCUACAAAAAUGCCAUCACAGGCUUCGGUUGGCAACAGCUCGGUGUGGGAUAGUGCUGGUGCGUCCGCGUAACGAACUGACCUGUAUAUCCCGUUACUUGGUGAUACAGCAAAUGCGCCCAAAGACCAACUGUCUACAAAUGCAAGCCCAACCAGAGAGUGAUUCAUCAACUUCAAAAUAAUAAAAUACUUAGGAAAUAAAAACCAAUCGACAACAUAUAUCUAUCGCUCGUUCGUUCGUUUGUUAUCUAUCUAUCUAUCUAUCUAUCUAUCUAUCUAUCUAUCUAUC